AUGUUUCUAAUAGUGUUACUUGGGUUAUUGUAUCAAACUAAGAGUAUCAUGUAUCAAAUAAAAAGACAUUUAACUAUUGUGGAUCCUAUUCAUGAUAUUCAUUAAGUAGAAUACAGAGUUUAGAUGUAAUUUGGAUCUAUGAAAUAACAAAUGGAAUUAAUUAUAGAUACUGGAUCUUCUGAUCUAUGGGUUCCAUCAAUAGAUGCAAAAGGAUUCCUUAAUUAUGGUAUAUAAUAAGAAAUUCAUAUAUUAGUCAAGCGAUAUGAUUAUAAAGCAAGUUAGACAUGUAUUAAAACUGAUUCUCGUUAUUAAAUUUUCUAUGAUGAUGGUCCUAUUUCAGGUACUUUGGCUUGGGAUUAAGUGUGGAUGCAUAAUAUCAAGUUUAAUUAAUCCUUUCUAUUAAUUGAAAAUGCAAGUGGGAAUAUUGCAUCAAGUGGAGGUAUUCUAGGACUUGGAUUUCAUUCUAUUGCUGCCAAUCCAUAUCCAUCUAUUUUGGAAUCACUUUAUUAAUAAAAACUUAUAUCUAAAAAAUACUUUUCAUUAUAUUUAAAAGAUGAAGGUGAAUUUGGUAGUUAUAUACUUUUUGGAGGUAUUGAUAUGCAAUUUGUGUAAAAGGACUAAAAGAUAUCUUAUAUACCACUAUUAUCUGAAUAUCAAUAUCUAAUAGGAAUAGAGGGAAUGUCAAUUGAUGAUGAAUUAUUCACUAUUACGACAGCUCUAGUUGACAGUGGAACUAGUUGUCUAACUAUUCCUGCAAUUGCAAUAGAUGAUAUGUUGUAAGUAUUUACAGCAAAAGGAGUACAAUGUUCAUACAAAGUUGAAAAUUAUGCACCAUCUUAUAGUACUGUACAUUGUUUCGUAGAUGCAACACAUGAACAAGGAAUUAUUGAUUAAUUUCCUAUUAUAAAAAUAAGAGUCAAUAGUUCCUUAGAAUUACUCUUAAAUCCUUAAGACUAUAUCUAUUGUAUAAUAUUAUUAUUAAUAUUUUAAUAGCUUGUACAAUAAUAGAUGAAAGUCAAUCAAAAUGUAAUACUAAACUAGAAAGAUCAGAGAUAGAUAACUUUUUAUUGUUAGGUGAUGCAUUUCUACAUAGCUAUUAUACUGUUUUUGAUCAAACUGAUAAAUAGAUUGGAUUUGCACAUUCAAUAAAUAAUAAAGGAUUAAAAUUACAUGUUAAAACAAGACAUCUAAUUAGUUUUGCCCAUAUGCUUAUUUUAUAUAUUAAUUUGUUAUUAAUUUUAUGA